AUGAGCAAGAGUCGUCAUAGUUCUAUGCACAAGCUUUUAGGUCCUCCUCAGAUUGUAAUGUUUGAUGGAGAAGAAUCCAGAUUUCAAAAAAGAAUUUUCAGAGAGCAUUCAACUGAUAAAAUAAAAUUUUGUUGGGAACAAUCUCCUAUUCAUAAGACUAAUGAUUUCAAUUUCCAAAAAAUCAAUUAUGUUGAUCAAAAGGAUAUGGAUGUUCAUGUUCGUAAUAGUUAUCAGUUGCCAUAAAUUUAUAAGCGUAAAAAUCAACUAAACAAUGAAUGCUUUGUUGUAUCUCCUCAACUAACUGCAGAUUCUGAGUAAAAAUUUGGGAAAUAUGCCAAACGAUACACUUAGGAUUCAGACAUAUUUUCACUCAAAAUUCCAAUGGAUAAAUAGUAUUCUCAGCACUCCUCUGCAUAUGGGCAGUUCUACUUCCAACCAGAAUUUAAGCUAACCAAAACUAAGCCUGUUUUCAAAUACCACACAGCAAAAAGUCAAAUUCUUGGCAACUCCAGACUACAAUAUAUUAAAUUAAGGCAGGAAAUGGAUUGA